GCUGUGCCAAGUGUUCCCCGUCGCAACGACGCUUCGCCAAGCGUACCUUCGAGGCGUUCAAACGAGACCUACCAGAGAACCACGCCGAGCUGAAGAAGAAGAUAGACCCUACUAACCAGAACUACGACAACUUUGAAAGGAAAAUCGCUGAUGCUUAAGGAUAUUUUGGCUUGGGAGUCUCCGAAAAUCAAUAUGAAGAGCUGUAUCGUGUUCGCUUGCCUGCUGGCCGCGGUGUGUGCCGCCGACAAGUAUAACUCCAAAUACGACAAUUUCGAUGUGGAGACGCUGAUCACGAACGACAGACUACUGAAGUCGUACAUCAAUUGUUUCUUGGAUAAGGGUCGCUGCACACCUGAGGGCACGGAUUUCAAAAAGACCCUGCCCGAAGCUGUAGAGACGACAUGCGCAAAAUGCACAGAAAAACAGAAGGGCAACAUCAAAAAGGUGAUCAAGGCGAUCCAGACCCGACACCCGAGGCAGUGGGACGAGCUCGUCAAGAAAAACGACCCUACUGGCAAAUACAUUGCCAACUUCAACAAGUUCAUUGAAAGCUAAAUUUAGUCUUUAAAACUUAGGUUAAUGUAGAAUAGGAAGGCUGGUAUGAUCUUCAAAAACGAUUAAAUCUAUAGUGAAAAUGAUAUAGGGCCACUUGCAUACCAUAGUUAACAGAAACAUCAAUGUCACGCAGCAGAAGAUUUAGCGAACGCUAAACUCAGCGAUAAACGGUUUGGUGCAAUGCAACCGACCCUUAAUCAUAAAUAUAAUCAUAUUUGAAGAUCGUAUUGUUGCCUAUCGUCAUAAUUCUAAUUUCAAUAUAAGUUAAAAAUCAGUGAAAAAUCUUAUUUUAAAAUUAGAAUCAUGCCGUAAAACUCAUCUGUUGUCGAUAGAUACUUUUUUUUAAUCUAAAUGAUUUUCUAGAAUUGGCAAAUUAAUUUUUUCACCCACUUAGCUGUGUGGAAGCAUUAUUUAUUGUAUUUUCACAACAUAGACUGAUAUUGUAAUAAAAGAUAUCCGACGAA